GCUAAAUUCCAUUGAUGUUAAGUAUCAGAUGUGGAAAUUAGGAGUUGUUUUCACUGAUAAUUCUUUCCUUUACCUAGCAUGGUACAUGACCAUGUCAGUCCUUGGCCAUUACAACAAUUUUUUCUUUGCUGCUCAUCUCCUUGACAUUGCAAUGGGAUUCAAGACAUUACGAACUAUCCUGUCAUCAGUGACCCACAAUGGCAAACAGCUUGUCCUGACAGUGGGAUUACUGGCAGUAGUGGUAUACUUGUAUACAGUAGUGGCGUUCAACUUUUUCCGCAAAUUCUACAACAAGAGUGAAGAUGGUGAUAUGCCAGACAUGAAAUGUGAUGAUAUGCUAACAUGCUACAUGUUUCACAUGUACGUUGGAGUCCGUGCAGGUGGAGGCAUUGGUGAUGAAAUAGAGGAUCCAGCAGGAGAUGAAUAUGAAAUCUAUCGGAUUAUCUUUGAUAUCACUUUCUUCUUCUUUGUGAUUGUCAUCCUGCUUGCAAUUAUUCAAGGUUUAAUUAUUGAUGCUUUCGGUGAGUUAAGAGAUCAGCAAGAGCAAGUUAAGGAAGACAUGGAGACAAAGUGCUUUAUCUGUGGAAUAGGAAAUGACUACUUUGAUACAGUGCCCCAUGGCUUUGAAACACACACACUACAGGAGCACAACUUGGCCAAUUAUUUGUUUUUUCUGAUGUAUCUUAUUAACAAAGAUGAAACAGAGCAUACAGGACAGGAAUCCUAUGUAUGGAAAAUGUAUCAAGAACGGUGCUGGGAGUUUUUCCCUGCUGGUGAUUGCUUCCGAAAACAAUAUGAAGACCAGCUUAACUAAGCAAAGAUGGGGAUUUCCAGAUGAAAAUAUGUCCAUGUAUUUCCCAACUCUUUUGGGAAUGUCUAACAGAUUUCUUAAACUCCCAAAGCUGUGUGCUUUUUGGAGCACCAGAGCUCUGUUUUUAAUGACCCAACUGCGCUUUUAUUUUCUUGUACAUUUGCUUUGAGAACACUGGAGUAAAGAACAAUGAAAAAUAACAGCAACUCUGGAAAACAAACCGACCACUUGCACACACAAAAGAGAUCCCUAUACAUAACAUGCACACAUAAGAAGAGACUUGAGACUGCUUAUUUCUGAAACUGCCAGAUGAUGCCCUUGUCUAUGAGAUCACACAUGGGGUGACAUGGUAGCAACACUCAUUCAAUCUGUUUAUUUCAUCAUCCUGGAAGGAACUAUAUGUAGUUCGCAGAGCACUGUAAAAGAUUGUUGUGGACACUAAGUUGUGGGGAAAUAGUGCCUUACUAUAUGUGGGUUGAGCUAUGCAGAAGAUGAGUGCAUGAUGACAUCAUUUUUUUUCUUUUCUUUUCUUUAUGUCUUCCCUUUCUUCCAAGUUAAUAUUUAUUUU